GUUUCCGGCGCCCCGGCGUCCCUCCUGAGGCGGCCGCCUCCCGUGGCUUCUCCGCUCCGGGGGGGAGAGCGUCAAUGCGGUGCAAAUGGCCGGGGCACAGCCAGGGGUGCACGCUCUCCAGCUCAAGCCCGUCUGCGUCUCCGACACCCUCAAGAAGGGCAUCAAAUUCGUCAAGUGGGACGAUGACUCCACUGUUGUGACUCCAAUUAUCCUCAGAACAGAUCCACAGGGAUUUUUCUUUUACUGGACAGAUCAAAAUAAGGAGACCGAGCUGCUCGACAUCAGCCUUGUCAAAGAUGCCAGAUGUGGAAAACACGCCAGAGCUCCCAAGGUUCAUGACACAUUUAUGAACAAUAAAAUACUGAGCCCCCACCAUGAUGAGGUUUCUGGAGAAGGAAAAGUGCAGGAGCAAGACUGCAAGACGCAGGAGGAAGCCAAGUGUGGGCAGUGA